AUGAAGCGCAAAAUAGAAAGCCUCGAGGAUGACCGCGAGUUGCUGGUGCAACUUGUCAGCAACCUUCGCGGUUCCAGCAACCGUCAAGUAAUCCAAUUACUCAAUCUCAUUCGCAGUAACGCACCGCUAGGUGAGAUCAAAGAUUACAUGGACAAGACUCAGAUCAUGAGGGAUUCCACAGCUCAACCACGGCGCAGUGUCAUGGAUGUAAGAAAACUCUCUGAUGAUCCGCUAUGGAAAGUUCCAGCUAGACCUUGGACCAAAGUGUCGGAUGAUGAUGAAUUUGUGUCCCACUUAGUCUCGCUCUGGUUCACAUGGUAUCACCCAUAUUUCAACUUCAUGGAUCGUGAUCGUUUCAUCAAGGACAUGCAGUCCGGGGAUACGGAGAGUGCUCUGUAUUGUUCGCCUUUUCUUGUCAAUGCCAUCUUGGCAGAUGCUUGUGCCUAUUCAGAUUAUCCUGAGGCUUUCGCUAAUCUGGGAGAUUUGCCCUCAAAAGGCCAGCAUUUCUAUAACGAAGCGAAAGAUCUUUUUGAGAAAGAGGAUGGCCAUGUGACUUUGACCACGAUCCACGGGCUAUGUAUUCUCUUUUCAUCUGCUUGUAUGAAUGGCAAGGACCGACGCGGGUGGCUGUAUCAAGGCCAAUUGGCCUUUGUAGCGGACGAUCUGAUCGAGCAACACGAUUUGGGGAAAGAGUCGACAUACGCGCCAGAGGUGGUGAAUCUUACAGUCUGGGGCCUCUACAACAUCACAGCCGCGACAUCUCUCAUAUUUCACAAACGACCUUUGAUCCGAGCUCCGAAAACGCCUUGUGGAAUGCACCCGAGUCCCCGAAGCGACUCCAGCGACAUCUGGAUUCCAUAUCCAUCUCUAGUAGGCGGUGUCCCGGCCUAUACAGCCUCGAUGGUCAAGGCUCUUGCGGAUCUCAAUAUUGCUACUUUCGAAUCAUCGUCUUCGCUUUUCAAAGGUCCCAUUCAUUUAGAGAAACUGUCCUUCUCAGAAGUGCGAGAUGCUGUGGAUGAAUUACACGCUCGUCUGGAGGCAUGGAAAAUGGACCUUAACGACUGCAUGAGGGAGGAAAACAACAAGACCCCUCAUGCGCUGGGUCUACAGUAUGUUAUAAUCCCUCUCACAAUCCAGUCUCGUGCUUACACUAGAUUUAGCAUGUAUUGGAACCAGAUUAUCAUGAGUAUCAAUGGCUAUGUUGAGAAAAAGAUUAUUCAAGAGGCCUUGGACCCUAGAGACUAUCAAUCUGUGAGAAAUCUAAGGCUUACGGCAGCUAGAAACAUCGCAAGCCUGGCAGAGGUACAUCGGGCCGCAUGGGGAUACGAUCGAGUAACGGCUGGAGAGAUUCAAUCGUUCUCAAUGGCAGAGAGCACUCUUCUCGAGGAUCUCGAUAAUCCGGAGAGUCAGAAGGCGUUUAUCAAUCUUUGUAUCGCGUCUAAGGCGGCUGCACGACGCUGGCCUAUUGGUAAGGCGAUGUUGCGUGCUAUCCAGAUGGCGGCAAAAGAGUUGGAUGUCACGCUUCCCUCGGAAACGGACGCCUUGUUCUCCGACCUUGAGGGCAAAUGGACCUCUAGGAAAGCAGAAGAUAUUAGCAGCCAGUACCCUAAUUUUGCGAUCUAUCUAAGAUCGAAGAAAAAUGAUGAAGCGGAGCUUGACAGGUUCUUAGAGAAGUGGGAUGCAUUGCACAUCGCUGAAUAA